UCUAUUCUCUACAUUACUGCCUACUGACGGCGCCAAAUUAUCAUGAAUGGCUACAACCAAGGCAGUUCCUGCUGCUAUUUCCAUCCUAAAGAGGAUGUUAUUGGGGUUUGCCCUUUGUGCUUAAACGAGAGGCUUCUUCUUCUAGCUUCAAAGCAAGGCCAACUCUCUUCAUCGUCUACCGGAGGCAUCCAUGGAAUUAUCCAAGGUUUUCCAUUGAAGAAACUACCCAUCAACAAGCUCCCAAAGAUCUUUGCUUUAGGCUCGUUUCUCAAUCGUUUCGAGUUCAAGCAUUGGAAAUCCGAAAAUUCUGAUGAUUUUGAAGUUUCAACCUGGAGCAGUCAAGAAGACUCCAUCUCAAUCAAGUUUGAAGAGAAUGGUGUUGCUUCAUGGGAAAAUGGAGAAGUUAAUUCUAAGGUCUCAAUUGAGCAUUGCAGCAAGCCCUGGAACCCCAACUUGACAAAGGAGCUCACCAAGGAACCAAAGGUGACCAACAAUAGCAUGAUAGAGCAUGGGAAACCAUGUGCCUCGCUUAGGUGGCGAAAACGGAUUGGUCACUUAUUCCAGAUCAUCAAGGGGGACCUCCAGAAAGGCCAAUGUGUGCCACAUGGGAAGCAAGGUAAAUGGGAUCAACUUGAUGGGGAAGGGCUGGAUGAGCACUCUGACAAAGAGGAACAAAGAAUAAAGAGUGUUGUUGGAUAGAAAGGGACACUAAAAACUUCCACCAUACCUAUAUGUGAGUUGGGGAUGUGAUUUGUGACUAUAAGUUCUCAAUUAUAAUUGAGAUGGCAGAGUCAAAAUAUACUUUUUUAUCACCUAAAAGAGCUUUUGGUAAAGUUCAUUGGCUUCUUGUACUCUGUUCUUAUUUCUGAUAAAUACAAGUAGCUGUAAAAUGAUUGUUAUACAAAGGAAAUAUUUGUAUAUUUUCUCUCCACAACUGUUCUUUGAAGUGAAAGAGGAAAUUUUCCAUGGCAUUUUCAGAAAGUGAGGAA